UGGGACUCGUGGUUGCUUUCAUACCUCAGUCCCAAACAAAUACAUUUCAGCGCGAACGCCAACAGUGUGCUUCCCUUCUUUGUUGAAUCGACCGGUCAUCUCCUCUACCGAUCAUCAUGAGUUCUACUGGAGAAUCUAAGAGGACGGUGGAAAUGGGAAUCUCGAGGAAACCUGGCUUAUCUUGUGCAGAAUGCAGGCGCUCAAAAUUGAAAUGUGAUAGAGCUUUUCCAUGUCAAGCUUGUAUACGACGAGGAUGUGCUGGAAUCUGUCCAGAUGGGACUUUGAGUGCUACCAAAGGGAACAAGGUUCUCGCUGCACACGCUCAAAAGCUUGCUGAACAAGUCAGGUCCCUUACAACCCGAGUCCGCGAGCUCGAAAUCGCACUUGCCGAGAAUUCGAAUGGAGGUUCUUCACUACUCCAUCUACAUGACCCAAGAGAAAAUUCACCUACUGAAAUCGACGCAUUGUAUGAGAAGGGAUUCCAAGUUGUGUCAGAAAGUAUGGGAUCGUUGUCUAUCGGGUCACAGGGUCAGGCGAACUACCACGGAGAAUCUGCAGCCACAGAGUAUCUUAAGGAGCUUCUACCGCUUGCGGAAGAAACUUGGGAUGCUGCAGAGCACCCAGAACGACUUACCCUACCAUAUGAAAUUCUGGAACUCAUGAACGCCUUCCCUUUUGGUUUGAAAAGUGCACAACACGCGAAACUCCUCUUCGCACAAUUUCUUCCUUCUAGGUCACGGGCGGACUACAUCCUAGAUUUGUACUAUAAAUGGGUUGCAUGGAUGUACGACCCAAUAACUCGCAACGAGCUUGAGUCGGACAUUCUUGACCAUUUGUACCAUGAUCCUACUUAUCUUGACGUUGAAAGGGUCCACUCCCACCGCCUCUCUGCGUUGUUCGUGGUCUUGGCCGCAGGAAUCACGUAUGACCCUAGUCCAGAUUCCAAGUCCGUCGCAAAACGCUACUACGCACUGGCUAAAGCAGCACUGUCACUAGAUCCCAUCAGCAAGGAAGUGACUUGUGCUACGAUACAAUCCCUGUUGGUCAUGUUCCGCUAUCACUAUAAUUUGGAUCGAAGUAGCAACGAGACUCGUUGGCUGAUCAUUGGGGUUUGUUCGAGAGUCGGCCUGAAAAUCGGUUUACACCGCGACAGCUCGGGAUGGGGUCUUGAUCCCGAGGAGCAACAGCGCCGACGCCGCUUAUUUUGGGAACUUUAUAUGAAUGACACUUGGACUAGCAUUGUAAAUGGGAGACCACCUUCGGUGAUGAUUCAACAUACCGAUUGCCAGUUCCCCGAAGACUUGGAACCAUUAAUCAAACCAAACGGGGAAACUGAAAUGGGGUGGCAUACAUGGAAGGCGCGAUAUGCAGCUAGCUGCUUAUCGAUAUCGGUACAGCAUAUCUUCAUCACGAAGAAACUCCCCUACACUGCUCUACUCGAUCUCGACAAGAAAAUAAGGAUGUUUCCAGUACCCUCGCAUCUGCAAGCACCGUUGAAUGCUUCAGACACCGGAUGUUCUUGGUCAACUGAUCCAGGACGGGCGAUGCAACAAUAUUGUCUCCUUUGCGAAAGAGAGUCGAACCUUCUCUAUUUACAUCGGAGUUUCUUUGCUCAAGCUCUCCGAGAGGACGCUUCCAAUCCGCUACGAACUCGCUACGCACCUUCUCUAAUGGCGACGUACAGGAGUGCAUGUCGGCUGAUAUCGAGUCUUAAAAGUUUAUACCCAAAUCAUCCUGCAUUCACAGAAACGUCGUGGUUCUUUUGGUCCGGAGUUUUUUCAUCAUGUAUUGUUCUUGGGGGCCUGGUCGCCGAAAGCCCGGGGUGUUCGCUAUCCCAGGACGCCUUGAAAGAAUUUGAAGAAGCCCUACCUUUCUUCCAAGAGGGGUCUAGAUUCUGCCGCCCUCCCAAUACCUUGACUAUUCUCCAGACGCUAUUGGAACGAGCGCAACAUACGUAUUCUGCUUUCCUUAAUGGCAAGGGCCGACAAAUAGGACCUACACCAAGCUCUGGUGUUUCCGAGAAUCCUGACGUAUUCGAAGUCCUGGGAGGCAGACCAUCUGUUAUCACUCACUCGACGUCAAAUUCAAAUUCGCCAGAGUCCACACAUAACCAGUCAUCUCCACCGCGAAUGGAUGAGCCUUCCAUGGUCUCCUCUGGACCCCCUGCUGGGCAAAUCAUGGACUACUACGAUGGUCUGGCUCUUGACACCCCACCUCAGGAGCUACCCCCCUAUUCUCUUCCGACUAAUCACGGUGCCGUCGGAGUACCGGAUGCUUUGGCAUAUCCUCAAAGUCACCUAGCUUAUCCGGUGCAAUAUCAGGGCAAUCCUCCCGCUGUUGCGUUGUCGAAUAAUGGUGGUCGCACCGCUGAACGAUAUUAUCCACAGCAUUCGGUACCACCAUACUACAGCCCCCCUCCGGAAACUCCAUCCUUUUACCAGCAGCCAGUCGCAUAUAACGUACACCCACAACAACGAGUACAGACAUACGACUAUCCUGGUUCGACGCAAACGCAGGACGAGAUUUGGAGAGACUUCGCAAGAGAGAUUGGGAUUGAUUACAAUUAGACCCUCCAGGUUUUCUUCUUCUUUGCUCCUUCAGUUUAUCUUUGCUUCCAA